AUGUUAAGGAAAGUGGAAAAACAUCCUGAUGACUUGGUUCCCAUAAAUAUUGUUGUGACGGACUUCAGUGGGACUUCUACACCAGCGAAAGGAUUGGUGACUCUGACUGUGAAGGUUGGAUCCUCGGAGAGACAUUCUGUCUUUGUGGUAGUUCCAUCAAAGGCAAGCUAUAAUGCUUUACUGGGGCGAGACUGGAUUCAUGGUGUGGGUGUUGUACCUUCUACUGUGCAUCAGAGUGUUCUUCUGUGGAUUAAGAAUGGGAAACCUAAAAUCGUCAAGGUAGAUUCAAAUUUAUAUGUCGAACAGCUGCAUGCCGAUUUUAGGAUGUAUAAUCGUAAGUUAAAGCCUUUGAAUGUUGAUCGAUCGCUGAAUCCUUAUAAUUGUGAAGGGUGCUACUUAUAUUCAAAAGGCCUCUCAGUGAAGUUGCGUUACCCAAAGGUGGAAAAUAAAGUUGAUUCUUCUGAUGAAGUUGGAUCACAAAGGGUUAGUAAUCUUUCUAGGUGUGACAAUAUUGAUUCGAUGUCUUCAGUCGAAUUUAGUUAUAAAUUUACUGUUUCUUGUAAUGGAAAUAAUAAUGCAAGCCGAACUGCCGAUUUGAUAGCAGAGGCUCAUUGUGUAGAAAAUCAAAAAUCAUUACGUUUUGAGAAAUAUUCGGUAAAAGAUGAUGAUUAUUAUAGAGGGUGGGUUUCGAAUAUUGUCCCAGUGAUAAAGAAAAAUGGGAAGUUAAGAGUAUGCACUGAUUUUCGAGAUUUGAAUAAUGCUACUCUAAAGGAUGAAUAUUUCAUGCCGAUUGCAAAUAUGUUAAUUGAUUCUGCGGCAGGAAAUGAAAUCCUUAGUUUUAUGGAUGGUUAUUUAGGGUAUAACCAAAUCUUCAUUGCAGAAGAUGACGUGUCCAAAACUGUUUUUCGUUGUCCUGGGGCAAUCGCAUCUGAGAACACCAUUGGGUGUAUGUUAGCCCAAGAUGAUGAAAACGGUCAUGAGCGAGCAGUUUAUUACCUUAGUCGAGUCUUAAUGGAUAUCGAAACAAGGGUUUUCUAUGUUUUAAUAAGUGAGUUAUGGGACUUGGAAGAGGUUAUGUUUAAUGGUUUCUAA